AUGCCUACCGAUGUGUCAAAUCCCAAGGAGUAUCAGGAUAUUUUUCACUGGGCUGAGACGCAGAAAAAUGGGACCAUCCCAUCAUUCGCCGCUCGGAAGAAUGAUCCUUACGAGUACAUGCCCGGGUUGGGCAAUUCCUUUGAAUCUGAAGCUAUUCCCGGUACCGUUCCACGGGGUCAAAAUAGCCCCAGAUGCGUUCGCUUCGGAUUAUACGCCGAGCAACUGACAGCCUCUGCUUUCGUUGCGCCGAGGCAUUCCAACAAGAAGGCGUGGUUGUAUCGUGCACGGCCUGCAGUUGCUCACCAAGGCUUUACUGAUAUGCCCGACAAUCCUGAUACAGAAUCAAACUUCUUGCCAAUUAAUCCUCGGGUUCGCAUCUCGCCAACUCAGCUAGCUUGGCUGCCUUUCGAUCUCCCGGGGAGCCGCGACAAAGUUGACUUUGUUUCCGGUCUGAAGACAAUCGCAGGUGCCGGCGACCCCAUGCUGAGGGAAGGUCUGGCUACCCACGUCUAUUUGUGCAAUGAAAGCAUGGAGAAGAGAGCCCUUGUGAACUCGGACGGCGAUUAUUGCAUUGUGCCACAACAGGGCGCGCUAGACAUUCAGACCGAGUUUGGACAUCUUUAUGUUCAACCCGGUGAGAUCUGUGUCAUCCAACGAGGCCAGCGCUUCAAAGUCAAGGUCGAUGGCCCCACCCGAGGAUAUAUUCUUGAGAUCUGGGGUGCAAACUUUGAGCUUCCCGAGCUAGGUCCUCUAGGAGCCAACGGGCUCGCAAAUGCUCGCGACUUCCUGCACCCCACGGCGGCCUACGAAGUCACGCAAAAUGAUCCCUGGGAGGUCAUUUACAAACUUGGCGGAAAGUUUUUCAAGAGUACCCAGCAGCACUGCCCGUUCGAUGUCAUUGCGUGGCACGGCAACUACGUCCCAUACAAGUACGAUCUCACCAAAUUUGUAAACGUGGGAUCUAUCUCAGUGGACCACAUUGACCCAUCGAUCUUUUGUGUCUUGACCGCGAAGUCGCGCGAUCCGACGGCUCCGCUGGCAGAUGUUUUGAUAUUUUCACCUCGCUGGGACGUUGCAUCUCACACGUAUCGGCCACCUUACUAUCAUCGCAAUGCGGCAUCUGAACUCAUGGGCCUCAUAUAUGGAGAAUACGGCGGCCGAUCGGACGAUUUCCAGCCAGGCGGCAUUUCGUAUGAAUGCGGCAUGGUACCACACGGUGUUGCAUAUGAAGAGUUUUUUGAAGCUUCGAAGGCAGACCCUCCAGCCAUGCAAAUCUCUAAGGGUUCCAUAGCUUUCAUGUUUGAAAGUAACAAGCCGUUCACUAUCACAGACUACGCGUGGAAUAGCAAGAAGAAGCAUGAACACGAGCCAAAAAUGUGGGACAAUCUGGUGGAUAACUUCUCAGGGCACAAGGAAGAAGUCGAGAAAAUUAUGGCUAGCUUGAAGAGCGUCACCAUCAAUCAAGGGAAAUGAUCGGUCGGUGGAUUGUUUCUGACUUACUCAGCUCAAUCUUAAAAUGAGGUUCCCUUUGAAUGUUAUUGUAUAACGUAUCCAUGAAAUACAUUGC